CUGAUGCCCAAAGCUCUGGAGGGCCAGGUGGUCCUGGAGAAGACACCCAGGUACUUUGUGACGGCGGAUAGCCCCGGCCUGAUCCACGCCAUGUCCCAGGAGGUCAAACUGAUCGUGGUGGUGCGUGACCCUGUGACCCGCGCCAUCUCUGACUACACCCAGAUCAUAUCCAAGACUCCGGGCGUUCCCAGCUUCGAGACCCUGACGUUCCAUAACGGGACGGAGGCGUUGAAGGUGGACUCCCUUUGGAGCCCCAUCUGGAUUGGCCUGUAUGCUCUGCACCUGGAGAGGUGGCUGGCCCACUUCCCCUUGGAGCAGAUCCACUUUGUCCAUGGGGAGAGGCUGGUGAGCGACCCUGCAGGGGAGCUGGGCAGAGUCCAAGACUUUCUGGGCCUUCAGAGGAUCAUCACAGACAAACACUUCUACUUCAACAAGACAAAGGGUUUCCCCUGCCUGAAGAAGCCAGAGGGCAGCAGCAAGCCCCACUGCCUGGGCAGAACCAAGGGCAGGCCACAUGCUGACAUCCACCCUCAGGUCAUCCUCAGGUUACGUAAGUUCUACCAGCCACACAACCUGCGCUUCUACCAGAUGACAGGGCAGGACUUUGGCUGGUAGGAUGGGAGCCUACAAUGAGGUGGAAAAAAGAUACAGAGGAAAGUGACAGCGACAUCCACGGUCGGAAAGCAGGUUCUCAGAACUCUGUGAACUUACCCUUUACUCCACUAGAUGGCAGUCCUUCACCAACAGAGGCUUAGACGGUAUUGUCGAAGUACUGUAAACUACUUGGAAAAAUGUGUAUUUGUGGCCAUUUUUUUCUGUAGUCAGAUUGAGCAAGUAUUACCAUAAGAAAUGACAUGGCAUCCCUUAAUUUAAAUCCAAGACAAUUCAAGGCAGCUGCAUGGGCAAAUAGUUGAAAUAUUUA